AUGCAGGUCUCAGCUCCUAAUGAUAUCAAGAUCUAUAAUUUAAGUGCUGGCAAAUCUCUACCUGAAUGGCUAUCUGAAAGGAGAAGACGCUCUCUUGUUAAAAGAGAUAUCGAUUUGCAACGUCGUAUUGAAUUAAUUCAAGACUUUACAAUGCCUGGUGUUUCCCAUCGAAUCAAAGUAUCACGAGAUGGCCAGUACAUUUUGGCUACAGGUACUUACCAACCACGGGUCCGUUGCUACGAUGUUUCACAAUUAUCUUUAAAAUUUGAACGUUGUAUGAAUUCCCAAGUAAUCCAAUUUGACCUACUCAAUGAUGACUAUACAAAGAUGAUAUUUAUGCACGAUGACCGCUAUAUUGAAUUCCAUAAUAAGGGUGGAUCCCAUUACCAAUGCCGUAUACCAUGUUUUGGCCGAGAUAUGGCAUACCAUUAUCCAUCUUGCGAUCUCUAUAUUGUAGGAGUCAGCAACGAAAUAUAUAGAUUAAAUUUAGAACUUGGUCGAUUCAUGGCUCCUCUUAAAACAAACUCGAGGGCCACAAAUUGUUGUCAAAUUAACCCCGAACAUCAGUUUCUCACUAUUGGAACAGAAGAUGGGACUGUCGAAGUUUGGGAUCCACGCAGCAGGAAUCGAGAAGGACUUCUUGAUACCAAUCUUUCCGCCGAUGGGCAUCACGAAAUAACUGCCGUCAAGUAUCGAGACGGCUUAAAUUUAGCCCUUGGAACUAGCACUGGCAAGGUAUUAGUAUAUGAUAUAAGAAAUCAAAGACCGUAUGUCACAAAAGAUCAUGAAUAUGGAGAACCAAUCAAAAGUCUAGAGUUUAACCAUGACCAAGAUUAUGUACUUUCCGCUGAUUCAAAAAUUAUGAAAAUUUGGCAGAGGCAAACGGGUAAACUAUUUACUUACAUACAGCCAGAAACAGAUAUUAACAGUUUAUGUACAUAUCCAAAUUCAGGUUUAUUAUUCUUCGCUACAGAAGCACCAAAUAUGCUAGUAUACUAUAUUCCGGAAUUAGGUCCAGCUCCUCGUUGGUGUGGAUUCCUUGAUAAUUUAACGGAAGAGUUAGAAGAAGAUCAGCAACCUACUGUCUAUGAAGAUUACAAGUUUGUUACAGUUCAAGAUUUAGAAUCCUUAGGACUUUCACAUUUAAUUGGAACUAAUUUAUUACGAGCGUAUAUGCAUGGCUUUUUUAUCGAUAUUAGACUAUACCACAGAGCAAAAGCUAUAAUUGAACCUUUUGCUUUCAAUGAAUAUCGUAAGCAACGAAUUAAUCAGCAAUUGGACAAAGAGCGUGAAAGCAGAGCCUUCAAAAAGAAUGAGGUUGUUAAAGCACUUUAUACAUUGUAA